GUCGAAUUCUGUGUUGUGUUUGCGUGCGAAUUGUUUACUUUAUGCGGCCGGUGCAUUCCAAAAUUGUAAUCAACUACUUGCUCGUCCUGUCUGAGCAGUCUAUAGAAAAUGUAUUCUGUUAUAUUUAAACAAGAGCAAGCUCAUGAUGAUAGCAUUUGGUGCUGUGCGUGGAAAAAAGGACAAAAAGAUUUACUGAAUCAUAUUGUCACUGGUGGUGUUGAUGAUAUGGUAAAGUCUUGGAAAUGGGAUGAAGAAAAGUUAGAUCUUCGUCAUGUGUUUGAAGGUCAUGCAUUAGGAGUUGUGUCGGUUGACAUUAAUGAAGAAGGUUCAGUUGCUGCUUCUAGUUCUUUGGAUAGCCAUAUAAGAUUGUGGGAUUUGCACACUGGUCAACAACUGAAAAGUAUUGAUGCAGGACCAGUUGAUGCAUGGACUGUGACAUUCUCUCCAGAUGCUAAAUACAUAGCUACUGGUAGUCAUGCUGGUAAAAUUAAUUUGUACAGUGUUGAACAUGGAAAACUUGAAUCAUUUUUAGAAACCAAGAAAUUUACUCUUAGUAUAGCUUUUAGUCCUGAUGGAAAAUAUCUUGCCAGUGGUGCUAUUGAUGGAAUUAUUAAAGUGUUCGAUAUUGCAGCUGGAAAACUUGUGCAUACUUUAGAAGGCCAUGCUAUGCCAAUCCGAUCUUUAACAUUCUCCAAAGAUUCUUCUAUGCUAAUUACAGCAUCAGAUGAUUGUCAUAUAAAGAUAUACAAUGUGCAACAUGCAAAUCUCAUAGGAACAUUGUCUGGUCAUGGAUCGUGGGUUUUGAGUGUCGAUUGUUCUCCAGAUAAUACACAUUUUGUAUCAAGCUCCUCAGACAAAACAGUGAAAGUUUGGGAAAUUGCAACGAGAGAAUGUAUUCAUACAUUUAAUGAACAUUCUGACCAAGUUUGGAGUGCCAGAUACAAUCAUAAUGGAAGUAAAAUAGUAUCUGUUUCAGACGAUCGAAUGAUAAAUAUCUAUGAAUGUCCUGUAUAAAUGAUGAAUGGAUUUUAGAAAUGACUUGGCCAAACUGUAUUUUGCAUUGAGUGUAUAAUAAAAAAUUGCUAUUUCUAUCUAA